AAAAAAAAAAACAAACACAAACAAAAAAAGACAUCAACAAGUAAAAAAUAAUGUUGACUAAUGAAAUAAUUUCUUAGGGGAAUGUUCGAUUUUUUAUACUAUGAAAAAUAUACUUUUUAAAUAUCUGACUUUCCGUCCAGUAAUAAAGUAUUUCUACUAUCUAAUUUUUUUCAUGAUGGUUUUUUUAUUCGCUAUGGUUGCAAAAGAUGCUUUUGACGUCGACGUUUAUCUUUUUGGAAAGACAACAAUAAAGCAUAAGUGGUGGUUCAAUCGUCUUUCUAAUUUGCCGACAAAUGAAUCAGAGGAUAGUGACACUAAAUUCGAAACAAAAUGCGUGAGCAAUUAUUUUAAUCAAACAUUACUUAUAAUCGCUUUUGGUGCAACAAGUGAGUAUGAAUCCAUACCCUUAUUUGAAAUGCUCUACAAAAAAGCCUUUUUAAAUCGGAUUUAUUGUGGAAGCGUGCCUUUGAAUAAUCAGACUGAAAUCAAUGUUAAAGUAGUGGAUACAAAACACGGAGCGUUUCUUUAUGAUUGUUUAACAGAAGUAAUGAAAACUCAUACAAAUUUCACUGGAUAUUUAUUUAUUGGCGAAGAAAUCCUUCUCAACUAUUGGAAUAUGAUUGAAUUUGAUUUAGGACGUAUUUGGGAAGAUGAAAAUACAAUAGUGGGACCGAAUUUAUAUGAACAAACAUUUAAUUUAUGGGAAUGGUGGGAAAGUCCGUGGGGCGUAAGAGCUGUAGAAAAAGUAUACGAGUAUUUGAUAGAACUAAAUUAUUAUGAAAAUAGACGGUCAAAACUGACGCAAGGAAACUGGAUUCCAGAUUGGGAUGCAGGACAAGCUCUAAAUGCAUGGCUGUGGAACGGCAGUGGAGAAUUUUCGUGCUAUUGGACUAAUAAAUCUGUCUUAUAUCUACCACGAACAUUUUCUGAUUUAUUCCUCAAUAUUUCGAAACACUUCCGUCAUAGCGGUGUUAGACAUGGCAUAGCAAUACCUACUCUAAUUAGACUUAUGACUCUUCAAGAGAAUAAUAUAAAAUUAACUUCUACUGAAGUAAAUCAGAAAAACUCAGAUGAUUUUUUAAAAAAUCGAGAUGUAUUAACUAAAGCAUCUCAACAAACACACAUUAUUUCAAUCAAUUGCGAACGCAAAGAAAGGAGGUUUAUUCUCAACGAUCUAAGACUGAAAGAGUAUGUCGUGGGUAAAUUUCUAGAGUACAGCCAAUGUUAAGAAUUAUUAGUUCUUGUGUAUAAAUGUCAAAACACAAUUUUCGAGUUUGUAUUUAUGUAAAGAUGUUUGAUCUUUAAAAGAUUUUUACAACAUUAAA